AUUGAGUGCACCAAACGAUGGCGCAGUGUAGGAAGAUUGCUUUUUUCAUGUUUCUUCUUGGUUUGCAGCUCAUACGCUGUGGCCCUCUCAAUGGGCGUAUCCCGAUCUGCACGGAACCCGGAAACGAGGGUCUCAUGUUUCCUCACGAGUACGAGUGUUACCGGUACUAUCAGUGUUCGACCAACGGUGUAUAUCUAAUGCAGUGUUUGAACGGUUAUCACUUCUCGGCCACAACUCUGAGAUGUGAACCUCCGCAGAUUGCACAAUGUGAUCCUGAUAUCCCGACCGGACCAACACCAACACUACCAACCACGCCACCAAUUACAGGGCCAACGACACUAUCGACAAGUUCUUCGGAUACUACAACUCUCGGAAUAACGACAACGGAAGAAAACGCUGAAAUUACGACUGUGUUCACUCCACCAACUGUCCCAACGGGUGAAGUAACGACACUAUCGACAAAUCCUUCGGAAACUACAACCCUCGAAAUAACGACAACGGAAGUAAACGCUGAAAUUACGACUGCGUUCACACCUCCAACUGUUCCAACGGGUACUCCGAUCAUACCGACAAUACCAUCAUCACCUCUUACAACAGAGCAACCGACUGGUCCAUCCGAUGGCACAACCGAUGGAUCAAUCGAUACCACUAUGACUGUGUUCACUCCACCAACUGUCCCAACGGCUGAAGUAACGACACUUUCGACAGAUCCUUCGGAAACUACAACCAUCGAAAUAACGACAACGGAAAUGCUAGACAAAACUACGACUGUGUUCACUCCACCAACAGUUCCAGUGGCUACUCCUAGUAUUCCAACAGUACCAACAGCAACAGACGAACUAGAAGAAUCGACUUCUACAUUGAUACUGGCCUUCGGUAGCCUAGGGCUACUGGUGAACGGUCAAUCGAAACCCGAUUCUCGCUGUCCACCCUUCGAUGCCGAUCCGAACAACCCUACGCAGCUGCCACACGAAACCGAUUGCACCAAGUUCUACACGUGCUCGUGGGGUCUCGCAUAUCUGAAGAGCUGCCCAACGGGACAACACUUUGCAGCGCAUUUACAGCGCUGUGAUUUUCCCUUCGUAGCACAGUGCACACUGGGCGGUGGAGGAACCACAGCCCCACCAGUUCCUACUACGCCACCACCAGUUCCUACUACGCCACCACCAGUUCCUACUACGACGACCACGCAAUCGCCCACAGUUCCAACUGUGCCUACAACGACGGCAGCGCCCAUUACGACAACCACAACAGUAGCACCCGCUGUAACUACAACGUCAGUGCCAACGGCCCCAACCCCGGGCCCAACGGUAGCUCCUACUACUGUUGCAACCUCACCAACAACAACUACUCCUGCUGGUCCUGUUCCAACGGCUCCAACGCUCGCCCCGACGACCGCUCCAACGACUGACGCGACGAUCGCCCCGACGAAUGCUCCGACCACCGUACCGACGGCCCCAACCCCGGGGCCAACGGUCCCUACGGCCCCUACACCGGGUCCAACAGGAGAAGCCACAACCGCUGGCCCCACCGAUGCCACGUUGUUUCCUACCGUACCUACCGGUACCCCUCCAACAGUACCAACAGCGGCACCUGUGCUGCUGUAAGCACAUCCGAGUCUCUUGACCCAAGUAUCCGCCCA